AUGAGUACCUUAAGUAGUUACUUUGUGCCACUGAGUCAAAAAAGGAAGGCUGAAGAAGCAGCAGAAAUUGUUGAAUCAACUUCUGAUCCUUUCAAACAUUGCAAAACUAACACCGAAGAUACAUGUGGUCAAGAGGAUGGAAGUUCAGGCAAAGAUUGGCCCGAAUGUUGGACACUAUUGCAGAAAAAUGACUUCUGUCAGAGAAAUGAGUGGCUCUUUGUCAACAAUAAAAGGUUGGGCUGCAAAGUGUGCCGAGAUGUCGGAAGCCUUCCUGUCGAAAAACGGAUGGGAAUGAAAAUUUCAGUAGAGUGGGCCAAUUGUAAAAUUAGUCAUUUUGGAGAGUCUCGAAAACAACAGUUAAUGUCUUUAAGAAAAAAGAUUUUCGAACACAAGGAAAGUGGAGCUCACAAAGCAGCAGAAAGGAUAAAAUCUGAGUCUAAAAAUGAAAAGUUAGAUAAAGUCAUCUUAAACACAACAAAAGUGUUUCGAACCGCUUACAAAGUUGCAAAGAAAAAUCAAGCAUUUAACAACUUUGAAGAUGAAAUAAAUUUACAGGAACUUAAUGGCCUAGACAUGGGAUAUACCUUUCACUCUACAAAUGCCUGCAUUAAUAUUUUAAACCAUAUUGCAGAUGAAAUGAGAAAAACAUUAAUAAGCAACAUAGUGAACUCUAAGAACAAAAUGUCCUUAAUUAUUGAUGAAUCGACAACAGUGAAUAACAAAAUAACUUUGAUUGUUAGUAUUCGCGUAGUUCUUCCCAAACAUUCAACUCCAGUAAGUCUUUUCCUAGAUUUGAUUGAGUUACAAGAUACAACAGCAAGAGGAAUUUUAAGCUCAUUAAUCUGUCAUCUUGAGUCCCUAGGAAUCUCAGAAGAUUAUUUAAAGGAGUAUUUAUUGUCUGUCACUUGUGAUGGUGCUGCAGUGUUGUUUGGCGCACAUGGUGGUGUAAAAAGGUUAAUAAAAGAAAAAUUUCCGAGUGUUAUCUUCUGGCGUUGUGCUAACCAUCGUCUGGAAUUGUCUGUCAGUGAUACAGUCAACAAAGUGGUUGGAGUUAAUCACUUUAAGAAUUUUAUGGACAAACUCUAUGUGACUUACCACGCUUCACCCGAGAAUGCUAGGGAAUUGGAGGAAUGUGCAGCAACUCUAGAACUUCAGCUUCUGAAAAUUGGAAGAAUUUUAAGCACUCGCUGGGUUGCUUCUAGCUUUUGCACAGUUUUCGCAGUUUGGCAAGAUUAUGAAGCACUGGUUUAUCACUUUCAGGAGGCAAAAGAAGACAGGAGAAGAAGCAAAACAGAUCGCUGUCUUUAUGAGGGUCUUUUACGGACAAUAACAUCAUGUGAAUUUGUUCUUGAUUUGGGUCUUAUGUGUGAUGCUCUCCAAGUUCUCAGUGAACUAAGCUUGGAUUUACAAGAGCGAAAUAUUGAUUUGUUUACAGCAGACAGGAAGAUAAAGAACACAGUUCAACUUUUUGAAGAACGAAUUGAAAAUCCUGGUCCAUACUAUAAUAUUGCUCUUCAAAGUCAGAAGACUAUGAAGUUCAAAGGGAGUGAGCUCCACAAAAAUGAAAAACUUACCCCUACAAUAAGUUCACCUGCUUUCUAUGAAAGUCUGAAAGAAACUGUUAGAAAGUGUAUACUUGAAGGAGAUGAUGCUGAUUUGCCUGAAUGUGCCAAGGUCUUAGAUUCCAAAUAUUGGCCAGAAAAUCCUGGAAAGCAGUUAACCUUUGGUGAAACUGAAAUUAGAAAACUAGCACAAAAGUUUUGCUUAAAUGAAAAGGAAACAAUUCUUGGCUUCCAUGAAUAUCUUGAAGAAAAUGAAGUCCCGGACAAAUUACUUCCUCUAAUGCACGCUUUAAGCACAAUUGCAGUAUCUUCGACUGAAUGUGAAAGAGGAUUAUCUCAGAUGAAUCUUACAGUAACUUCAUCAAGAUCAUCUCUGGUUAUUCGGACAGUUUCUUCUCUGAUGUUCAUCAGGAUGGUAGGACCACCUCUUACUCAAUUCAAUCCUACAAAAUAUGUUGAAUCAUGGCUGCUACAAGGACAUCAUCAUGCAGUUGAUACAAAAAGCAGGAAGCGAUCUAGAGAAGAUGAGGGUACAUCGGAGGAUGUACCAAAAGUGUGGCACUUACUCUAGCAACUUCAUGGUGAGUACCGGCAUCAUUUUUUUCUCCAAAAAAGAAAAGAAAAAAAGCACUGAUGAAAACCAUCAGUGCAAGUGAUUUUCUGGGCCUGCUUUUGUUCUAGUUCGGUGACAUGAUUUAGUUCAAUUUCAUCACCUGUAACAAUUCAUACAUUUUACAACUUAUUCCACAAAAUGCACUUCUGCUGGAAAAUUGACACUUCAGAUUUCCUCUCCCUCUUUUUAUUUAGGUCCUGUUUGCCUUUCUGUCAUCAGAAACAGUAGCAAUGUUCAUUACAGAGGUGGGUCCUGCUUGGAAAUGUUUUAGAGUUACGCUCCAUAUACUAAAUUUAUGAUAACCUGUUUUUUUUAAAAAGCUUUCAAAAUGAAGUCUUCAACUAAUGCCAGUAGAGUUGACACAGGAAUAGGUCACGAUGGAAACCAGGGAUGUGAAACCUGUGGACCUCCUGAGUUGGUGGACUCCGAUUUCUGAGUCGUAGCCAGCUUGGCUGAAGUCUUCCAGCAUUUGGAGGGCCAGAGGUUCUCUAUCCCUGUGUAACUGUGCUCCUUAGGAAGAAAGGAAGCUAGCUUAUAUUGUCAUAUCAGUGGUCCAUCUAACUUACCAUUGCCUACACUGACUGGCAACCUUCCAGGGUUUUUGGCAGGGAACAUUCCCAGCGCUACCUGGAGAUGUUGGGGAAUUGAAGCUGUGACCUUCUGCAUGCAAAGCAUAUGCUCUAUCACUACAGCCCUUUCCCUUACCCCUCCAAGCACUGUGCCCAGACCCCACAAAAUGUUUCAGCAAGACAGUGUAACCCACAAGAGAUGUGGUAUUGAUUGGCAACUGGAGAUGCAUUUUACACUGUGAUGAGUGCCUAACAGAUUAUCAGCAUGCCUCACUGAUGUAAAUGGCCUUGGGAACUAAGGCACUUGGAUAAUAAGACGUUUGAAUCAAUUGGAAUAUUACUUACUGAGAGGUUCACUAAUAAGCUGCUGCAUUCACAGCCAACACAAUUAAGGGAUUUCAGUAGUCAAACUUCUUACAAUAGGAGUUUUAGCCCAUUAUUUUCCUUUUCUGCCUAAGCUUUGGAUCCUGAAGAUAUGCAAGGCCAGCAUACAUUAAGCAACAGAAUGUGUGUGACCUUCCAUUAUGAAAAUGCUGUUUGUUUUCUGCUAAUUAUGCUUAAAAAAUGAGAUAGAGUGGGAGUGAGAUGGCAGUGACAUUGGAUUGGCAUAAAUUAGUUUAUUACAGUAGAAUAGUGGGCGAAGGGGGGAAUGACACCCUAGAGAUUACUUGAACUCAUACAUUUCUGCUGCCAAAGUUUACAGGCCUGUAAAUUUAAAUGUAGAAUUUUUGUAGGCAGAAUGCAUUGACAAAUAUGCCUAAUGGUAAUACAUCUAGUUCUGAGCCUCAGAACAGGUCAAUAAUAAUGCUUAUAUUGAUAGCAGCAAUGUAGGAGAUGUUAUUUGGUAUUAAAGCUAAAAUCCAUGUUAUCCCCUUAAUCAUAAUUACAUUAAUAUUGACAGGCCCUUGACAAUACCCACUUUACUAUUGAUAGAUUUCUGUCAAUAAUGCAUUUCUAAAUAAAAUAUAUUCAUUCAUAAUUUGUACAAUACUCAGUAAGCAAUGCUAAAGUAUAUCAGGAGAAAUACCUAUUUUAUUGGUGAUAUACAGCAAAUUGUUUUCUUACAGUGCAUGUUUUGCAAGAGGGAUUCCUGAAUUUAGUUAAAUAAAAAUGAGCAAUGUAUUACGUUAUUUAGAAGAGCUGUUGGACAGAAACAUGACAUGCGGUUUACUUUUGGAAAGGAAAGCCUUGUGACAUUACAAGGAAAAGCUGGUCAGAAACAUCUCAAAUACAUUUAAAACCUGGACCACGUCAUCUUUAAAAUAUUAUUUUAAAGUAUAUACACUGAUAUUUGGCAAUAUUUCUCCCCCCUCAAGAAUUCUUUUUUUCUUUGCUUGAUCACACUCUUCACAGAGCAUUGUUACUGAUAAUAUUUUUAAAGGUUUCCAUUUGGAGCCUUAUAGUUAUCAGUGAUUUGACUAAGACAGUGGAAAGGAGUUUCUAGAGGCUUUGUACUUUCAUAGUAUAUCUCUCAGCUUCAUAGGGCAAAAUAUAAUUAAAAUUGGUGUGGUGCUGUUUGUAAGAGUGUGAGUUGUGGGUCAGGAAGUUGCUGAUUCAGAUCUCAUCUCUGCCACAAACUCUCUGGGACUAGCUGACCUUAAGCAAGCCUCUCUAUUAUCUUAGCCUCAAGCCCAUGGCAGUGGAGGAGAUAUACUGACUGUAUCUAACUUUUCGCUAUCUCCUCUUUAAGCCCUGAGAUGUUCUAGGACAAUGAGUUUCUAAACUUGCUUCAUCCAGGAAUGUACAUUCCUGCCAAGGAAUGUAUUACAGGGCAGAUUUGGGGGGAGGUUCCAAGUCUUACGCUCCGUUCUUUGGAGUGCCAGCCAAUUUGUUUAUCUUAUUUAAAGCAUGUUUAUGCCACUUUUCAUCCAAAAAGCUUCCAAGACAGUUAAAAAAAAAAUACAAUUACCGGUACAUAAGUGUUGUGGGUUUUUUUUAAGGCCACUAAAACUCUUCAGCUUAUUAAAAGGUCUAAUGAUGGUUGACCAACUGAUUUUAAGAGAAAUUUGUCUAUCGUGACUGAUCUUGUCUGGGAGGAUGCCUGGAACACAGACAACCCCCUUUCUAGAAGCAUUUUGAACAGAAUUCAGUACAGUAGGCCUGCAACAUAGGUGGGGGUUACAUUCUAGGGAUCGCACCUAAAGCCAACAUUGUGUAUAGAUUGGAACCUCUACUCACAACCAAAAUCCGUUCUAGAGGACCAUUCUUAUGGUGAAAUGGGUCUCUGGGAGAGGCACCAUUGUGCGCAGGCGUGGGUAGCGAUUGCCUGCUUUUGCGCAGGCACGAACGGCGAUUGCCACUUCUGCACAGGCGCAAACCCGCCUGUUACUUCCGGGUUUGCUGUGUUCGCAACUUGGAACAUCUGCAAGUGGAGGCAGUUGUAAGUAGAGAUUCUACUGUAGUCGCAACUCAUUGGGUUCAAUGGCAGGUAGGAUUGCCACAAUUGUUUUUCCUAGAACUCCACUCCUUUUCUGCACCCUUCUUUUAAGAAAAUUGCCAUGCGCGUGAAGAUGAAUGCACACAAGUUGUGGGCUUAUUGUAUAUAGUCUCUGUAUACUUCACAGUAGCAACUCACUUAAAGAUUAUAUAAAUAAUUUUGAUAAGCAGAACCAGGGAGGUAUGUCUGUAUAGACAAAAUGUUUCCGUCAUGCCUCCUCUAGGAAAUCUUAGAAUUGAGUUAUGGGUUGCUUUUUUCCCUCUGGUCACAUUCCCGUUUUACUAUAUUUCCCCUCCCUCUUUAAAACCUAUUUUAUUACAUAAUCUUUACUUUGAGAGGCUGCACAGAAUCUCCAUUGUAUUAUGGAAAAUUAGCCACACCUAGAAAACUAUAGCAUAUUUAUAGCAAAAGCAAUUGUGUAACCAUAAGGCAUGUUAGUGUUAGAAAUAUGCAAUGUGUUGUUUGAAUUAGGGAUGUAGAUACGUUACAACUUUCACAUCUGUAUACCGUUUUUAAUAAUCUGCAGCCUUAUCACAUAUAUUGGCGGCCAUUGUGUCAUGGGCGUCGGCAGAAAUAAACAUGGAGGCGCAAGGUCUAUGAUUUGUAACUACAAAUUGUUGAAUGGAAUAUUAUCAAUCUUCAUAUGACUGAACCCCACACAUCAUUAUAUGGUGCUGAAGAGAAGCAACAAGAAACCGUGGUGGUGUACUGUAUUGUUUGGGAUUACACAUUUCAAAACUAACUGCUAACAAAUUGCUUUAUUUGUCCAUUUAACAAUAACAGAGUUAAGGCAGGAGAAAGACACACAGCUUCAAAUUUUCCUUGAACAACAAUACUGUAGGAUUCUAAACCAAAUUAAAAACCUCUAAGGCUGAAUUUCACACCUUUUACACAGAAUCUGCCUUGGGUGUAGUGAACAACAGACAUAAGGUCUGAAACUAGUCAGAAUUUUUAUUUUAUUUUUUUGUUAAUGCUUGCCUGUCUAUAACAUAAAGGAAAAUAUAAUACAAAGUGGAUCAUCGUUCAAACAAAAACUGGAGCCUCUGAGAGUCUUGGCCAAAACAAUCAAUCAUUUCUUUUAUAAAUUUCUCCUUGGGAUAGGUCUUCAACUUUUCUCCAUGGUCACUCCACAAACACAAGCCAGACGAUCGAUCUUCACUCAUUGUGGUACAUCGCCAUUUCUUCACCCUGCACAGAGUGCUAAAGGAUCAGUCAUAACUGCAUGUUAUAACUGGAAGGGAAAGUGCUGUAUGGAUGGCCAUUAAAAUAGCAAGGAAUUGUUUAGUAUGGUUCAGUAGUUUAAAGACUUGUGUUGCAUAUUUCACACAAUGAUUCAUCCCCAACAGUUUCAGUUUGUAAAGAUCCUGAAGGAAACUGACAUGAGUUUUAAAGUAUUUCCCCGCCCCCCCAAAUGCUGUAUGUAUGACCUGCGAUCAUAGUCAUUUUAGCAAACUCUAGGUAGGUUAGUUCAUGGUUAUUGGUGAAGCUCAUCAUGAUGGGUUAUGCAGUGCAACCUAGUGACAGAAAAGUGUCCCAGUAUCUCAGGUAAUAAGCGAAUCCAGGUAGGAAAUAUAGAUGGACCAACGGUAGAACUCUUCUGUGGAUUGGUUGGGUUGAUCGGCACAGUUUUGCUGUUGUGUUGCUUCUCUAGGUGUUUUAAGUUUUACAUCAACUUCAUCUGCAAGUUUCUUGCACUUCUCUAUUGUUGUGCUAAAGGUCCCUUGUGUUUCCAGCAAUGCUUGUAUAUAUGCUUUCAUUCCAAUACAUCUAUCUUUAUAGAGCUCGGGGAAUGUAUGAAAGAAUAAAUGAAAGAAUGUUUGUUUAUGAUCACAAGACUGAAAAUAAAAGUCUGUGUUUGUGAUCCACACAGCAACUGGAAUGAAGUUGUCUUGAUGUUACAUGAUGUUGUGAGUUGCUGGACCAUACUUGUGUAAGUUUCUGCAGAUACACUCUUGAAUUUUGGAGUCCAUCAUGCUUCACACAACAUUGGUAUGUUGGGCAUUAGAUUUUGUCUUUGGAUGCUCUCACAGAAAAAAGGUUGGCUUCAAUUGUGCGUGCUGUAUUACACACAUAACACUGUUUAGAUCAUUUACAGUGAGAUGGACUCUAUGGGAUGUUCAGUGGACAAGGGUUGCCUAAGGAUAACUCGCCCUGCUUGAGCUCCACCUUCUUUUCCUGCCCUUGUAUCCUUCUCCAAGUAAUUUAUAGCAAUGUAGUGCAAAAUCAAAACAAGCAGAUAAAAUUGUGUUGGCUAUGCCUCCUGAUCUGAGAUUGAAGUGAACCCAGGGAAUUCCUCAUGAAUAGAUUCAUUGUUUUCCCAUUGUCAGAUUUUAGAUUGUAACCUCCUCAAGGCAGGGACUUCCUCUCUUGUACUUAACGUGCUGUGCAUAGUGAUGGUGCUCUGUGAAUAAUUGGAGCAGAAAAUUUAAUCAUACCAGUUCAAACAUUUAUAUAAGUUAAGCACACUGAUCUGCCACAUGUGGACCUAGCACCAUUUCUGGGAGAAGUCUUGAAUCUCUGAGGCAUCUUCACAUUUCAUAAAAGCAAUUGACUGGUUCAGUUCCAUUUAAGACCAUGAGGGAAUUAAUGAGACUGAUUGCCAACUGACAGCAGGAAGUUGUGCUUGUAUAGAAUGGAAAAACAGGAGGCAACUGCCUAAAAUGUACAGCCUCUAGUCCAGGCAUCCCCAAACUCAGCCCCCCAGGUGUUUUGGGGCUACAACUCCCAUCAUCCCUAGCUAACAGGACCAGUGGUCAGGGAUGAUGGUAAUUGUAGCCCCAAAACAUCUGGUGGGCCGAGUUUGGUGACGCCUGCUCUAGACAGUGCUGAAAGCCUGAGACCAAGGUAUUGCAAGGUCACCAGCUGCCCAUCACCAGAUGAAAAAUAAAUACACCACCUCAACUGACACAGGCUUGAACCAUCAUGAAAUCAGUAGAGUGCAGAACUCUGUCCAGAUUUCAAAGAAUCUAUUCCAGUGUUUAGCACAAUACUACCUAGCAAUUCUUCUGCCAUAGAUCCCUUGGUCCUCAAUGUAUGUUGCAGAAAACCCUGGGAUUCCCAACAGCUCCAGCAAGCAUUCCUCCAUCUCACUUGCAAAAGGACAUUCCCUUCAUGACCCCAUUGUCCCUGUCAGUGCUGCAGGGGAUCUUGGAGCGUGUACACAGGUCAUGCUGGCUGAUGGUGGCAUCCAGCAGAUCUGGCCAGUGCUCUGCAUGCUCCCUGCAAAAAAACACAAGCAACACCUGAUGCUUGCAAGGAAGCAGCUUUCGUCUGAAUGUUGGUUUUAGUUUAAAGGAAGCUAAAGUUCUCUAUUUAAGUACCUAAAGUUUGUCACAGUCUCUGCUACACUGUUAUGUAUAUUAAUUUGAUACGCUUACCCUUCUCUCAUGCAUGCUUUUCAUUCCUAUUCUUCCAUAUCAUUUUGUAUGGUAAGUGCUUAUGUGGCAACGAUUUCUUCAUUAUUUUACCCAUAUGUCUACUUAAUAUACCUAACUUCCACAUUUAAGGCAUGUUAACUAUUUUAACUGCAAUACAAUUCCUCCCUUUAGAAUUUCCUCUUAAUUUUUUCAUAUUUGAUAAUAACUUCAGCCAUAGGAAGUGCUGUGAUUUUCUUAGGGAACACUUGCAUCUAUGAAAUAGCCUUUUAAAAAGAGAGAGAGUUUUGAAUAAUCUUUUGCCUUUUUCCUAAAACCAAAUACUUAUCUUUCUGGGGAAGAGUGGAGAGUUGAGAGAAAAAUAUUUAAAAAUAAAAAAGUUAAUUGGUGUUUUUGUGUUCAGCCUAUUGCACCAUGCUUCGCAUUUAAUUAUAAAUUUAAUUGUUGAUUGCACAUUCUAAGCUUCAGUUGAAAGAUUAAUACCAACCAUAUAGGGUGAAAAUUAUAUGAGCAUUACUGUCGCUGAAUAUGUAUAUACAGUGUUUGUUCUUGGAGAACUAAUAGGAGAGGGUAGCAAACACAGGUUUCAAACCCCUGCUGGCCAUUGAAUGACCUUGGGGUAAGUUGCACUUUCCCAGCUUUGAAUUCUUGGGUGAUCUAGCUCACAAAGUUGUUAUUAACAUGAAAUACUUCCUCUAAAGCCUAAUAAAUUGUAAUUUAAAUUAAUAUGAUGAUGAUGAUCAUAAUAAUAUAUAUUUUUAAAUCUCUUCUUUUAUCAUAGAAAGCCACAUGUUGACAAUGGCAUCUGGCGAUGGCAAUCGCAAGGAAGUGACUCCUGUGCUCAGAAUAAGUCAGCUUGAUGCCCUCGAACUGAACAAAGCAUUGGAACAGCUGGUUUGGUCCCAGUUUACUCGCUGUUUUCAGGGAUUUAAACCCGGACUGUUGGCUCGCUUUGAACCAGAGCUUAAAGCUUCCUUGUGGCUUUUUUUGUGGAGAUUCACUGUCUACUCCAAGAAUGCAACCGUGGGGCAAGCUAUUCUGAACAUUCAGUACAAGAACGACUUAUCCCAGAUGCAGAAAUACCAGGCGUUGAGCAAACAACAGAAAUAUUGGUACCUUAUUUGCACCGUCGGUGGGAAAUGGCUGGAAGAAAGGUGUUAUGGUUUAUUUAGCAAUCGUCCAUUGGAGUCAUUCCGGAAGACAAAGUACUUUAUUAACAUGGUGUUUGGGCUCAUCAGGUUUUGUGAAUUGCUGAACUUCCUCGCUUUUCUUCAGAAGGGAAAGUUUGCUACACUCACUGAACGUAUUUUACAAAUCAGGUCAGUGUUCUGCCAGCCACAGAGUGUCCGUCAGAUUGGAUUUGAAUACACAAACAGGGAACUCUUGUGGCAUGGGUUUGCUGAAUUUCUUAUUUUUCUUUUACCACUUAUUAACAUGCAAAAGCUCAAACUCAAAGUCUCUUCUUGGUCACUACCUAUUUCAGGGGGUACCAGAAAUGAAAAUAAUUCAGCAACAUGUUGCAAGGAAUGUUCUCUGUGUGGAGAGUGGCCCACUCUGCCUCACACCAUUGGCUGUUCACAUGUUUUUUGUUACUAUUGUAUUAAAAGCAACUACUUAUUUGAUUUGUAUUUUACUUGUCCUAAAUGUGGCACUGAGGUGCAAGAUCUGCAGCCAUUAAAGUAUAAGUUAGAAAUGAAAGAGGUAGAUACACAUUAA